CAUUUUGCGAAGCAUUGAACAGACACUACAGAGGUAUCAGAAGCAAUACGAUGGAUAGACGUAUCAGGCUGUUUUAUUUGCUUUUCGUACUUUAUAUUGUAAAAGCUCAAACUGAUUAUUGCAAAUUAAAUUGUGGUAGUACUUUACAUACAGUGUGCGAAAGAAAAAAUGUGAGCUGCGGAGCUGGAACCGACUGCAAAAAUUUCAAACAACUAUCAUUGAGUGAUCAAGACAGACGACUGGUGAUAGAUGUUCACAACGAAUUGAGAAAUAGAGUGGCCACAGGAAAGGAAACGAGAGGACCUCAACCUCAAGCCUCAAAUAUGAAAGCUCUGAGUUAUAGCAAGGAACUGGAAUAUAUAGCUCAAUGCCAUACAAACUCCUGCAAGUGGGGCCACGACUCAUGUAGAAAAACUCCUGAAUGGGGAUGGGUCGGACAAAACCUUUUCUCAAAAUCUUUCAAAGGAGCUUCUAUAACUACACAAGAUAUGCUAAAUUCGUCGAUCUAUGGUUGGUAUAACGAAGUUAAGGACUUCGAUCCAUCGUGGGUUUCUUCAUUUGAUACGCAUGGGAAAGAUGUUGGCCAUUAUACCCAAGAAGUGUGGGCUGAAACACAAUAUGUGGGUUGUGGACUCACUUUCUAUGUAAAUUCCGAUGGUUGGGAUGUCUAUUAUCUAGGUUGUAACUACGGAGGAGGCGGUAACAUUGGCACAUUACCAGUAUACGAGCAAGGAACUCCAGCUUCAAAAUGUGGCAACUUGGGCAAAAAUUCGAAAUAUCCCGGACUUUGUGGACCUGACAAUGUUUAGAAGGAGCUAAUUGUUUUUAUAAGUUAGUAGCUAUUAAUAUAAAACAAAUAUUUA